CGGAACCUAAGCGGAAAAAAUCGCGCAAAUGGAUCAGACCUGACGCGCUGAUAAUCCGCCCUGCCGAAAAAGAGAAGUAUUCCGAGAUAUUGCGCCGCAUAAAGCGUGAUGUCCCAGCAGACCAGGUUCGAAAUACCGUCGAGAAGGACCAUCACAGGAAUUCUUCAAGACGAUGCUAAGGUAGUCUGUAAAGGUCCACAGGAGACCAUUGAGAUUCGAGACAUCGACGAAGAAACGACGAAGGAAGAGAUCCAGGCUGCCCUGAAAGAGGAAGUUGGAAAAGAUCAUGAGAUACCUCUAGAAGGAAUAAAAAUCCGUAAGGCUUUCAGAGGUACGCAGACGGCUGCAGUCACUUUACCUAUGACCAUCGCGCGAAAAUUAGUGGAAGGAACCGGCAAGAUCCAUGUCGGGUGGGUUAACUGCCGAAUCAAAGCGACGACGAGACCUAUCCAAUGCUUUAAAUGCUGGCACUUUGGACAUGUUGGGCCCCAAUGUAAAAGCCAAGUAGACCGAUCUAAGCUCUGCAUCAGAUGUGGACAAGAAGGGUACCGUAUCGCGGACUGUAAAAAUUCUGCCAAGUGUGCAAUAUGUGCUGACCAGCAAGGAGCAAAGGACGUGGCUCACCAUGCCGGCACCUACAGAUGCCCGGUAUAUCAGGAGGCGCUCCAAAAGUUGACGAACAAACAAGCAUGA